CUGACUCUGCCAGAAGUCACUCGCACCCCCAUUAACGGAGGAAUGGGGAGGAAAGGCAAGGAGGUGGCCGGAAAGGCCUCUGACGGCAAGCGAAAGCGCGACGAAGACGAAUACAACGAUAAGACUGGCGGUGGACGGAGGAUGAGGAACCGCGCGGUCCUCCAGUUCUUCGAGGACGCCGCUGGCGAGGACGACUACUCCGAUUCCAGCUACGACAGUGACAUCGAUAAUUAUUUUGUGGAAGAAGAAGUUGUUUCAGAGAUGGAUAUAACAAAGGAACAAGGUAAAGCACAGAACCAUCUACUUUUCCCCAAAGAGGAGGAGAUGAAUGAGGAAGAAUUUGAUAAAAUGAUGGAAGAGCGCUACAAGGAUGGUUCUAAUAUGUUUACAUAUGCUGGGGAUGAUUAUGAUAACAAAAGAUCGAUUGAAAGAAAUUCCUUUGUACCUUCUGCAAAGUAUCCGACCAUCUGGAAAGUUAAAUGCACGGUUGGACGGGAGAGGCAUUCAGCUUUCUGUCUUAUGCAGAAAUACGUUGACUUGAAAUUAUUAGGUACCAAACUUCAGAUAUUGUCUGCAUUUGCUCUUGAUCAUCUAAAAGGUUUCAUUUACAUAGAAGCUGACAAGCAAAAUGAUGUUAAUGAGGCAUGCAAAGGGCUUUCUAGCAUAUAUUCUACUCGAAUAAUGCCAGUUCCAAAAAAUGAAAUUUCUCAUUUGCUCUCUGCCCGAAGUAAGUGCAAUGAAGUUUCCGAGGGCAUGUGGGCUCGUGUGAAGAAUGGGAAAUACAAGGGAGACCUGGCACAGAUUGUGGCUGUGAACAAUGAUCGCAAAAGAGCAACUGUGAAGCUUAUACCAAGAAUUGAUCUACAAGCCUUGGCUGCAAAAUAUGGUGGGGGAGUUAGCCUCAAGAAUAAGUCCAGUCCGGCACCAAGACUGAUGAGCGCUCGUGAACUUGAGGAGUUCCGGCCUCUCAUAAAAUACAGACGUGAUCGUGACACCAACAAGGUUUUUGAGGUUCUUGAUGGUCUGAUGCUCAACAAUGGAUAUUUAUACAAGAAAGUAUCAGUAGAUUCUUUAAGCUGUUGGGGAGUUAAUCCAUCAGAAGAGGAGCUCCUAAAGUUUAAACCUUCUGAGAAUAAUGAAUCCGAUGAUUUGGACUGGCUCUCACAGCUUUACGGUGAACAAAAGAAAACACGGAUCGUGGGAAACCUACGAAGUGGGAAACCUUCUGAUAAAGGUGGUGGGAAAGGAGAGGGUUCCUCUGGAUCUGGUGGGGCAAACGGCUUUGAACUGCAUGAUCUUGUCUGUUUUGGUAAGAAAGAUUUUGGUGUUAUCAUAGGCAUGGAGAAAGAUGAUACUUACAAGAUUCUGAAAGAGGGUGCAGAAGGACCUGUUGUGGUGACUGUUCAACUGAAAGAGUUAAAGGGUGGGCCCUUUGAUAUGAAAUUUACUGCUUUAGAUCAGCGUAUGAAGCCCAUUUCUGUCUCUGAUACUAUCAAAGUUUUGGAAGGACCCUCUAAGGGCAGGCAAGGGAUUGUUAGGAAGAUCUACAGAGGCACGAUCUUUUUGUAUGAUGAGAAUGAGACAGAAAAUGCGGGUUAUUUCUGUGCUAAAUCUCAAAUGUGUGAGAAAAUUGUGUUCUCCACUGAUGCAUGCAAAGAAAAGGGUGUUGAAUCAGGUUUCUCGGGUUUUGAAGACUUCACAUCAUCUCCUAAAUCACCUCUUUCACCUCAAAAGCCAUGGCAAGCUAGGGAAAGCAAUUCUGAAUUCAACCGUAGGGAUAAAGAUGGAAUCUUCUCUAUUGGUCAGACCUUGAGAAUCCGUGUUGGUCCUCUGAAGGGAUACCUCUGCCGUGUUUUAGCUAUACGUCAUUCUGAUGUUACAGUGAAACUUGAUUCUCAGCACAAGGUUCUUACAGUCAAAAGCGAGCAUCUUUCUGAGGUUCGAGGGAAGAGCUCUACCAUGUCUCUAAGUGAGGAUCCUGAAUCCAGUUCUAUAAAACCAUUUGAUCUGCUUGGAACUGAAGACUGUUCUAGAGAUUGGAUGGGUGGAGCCAAAACAUUAGCAGGGAGUGAUAGUUGGAAUUCUGGAGGGCUGUCUGGUGAAAGGAGCUCUUGGCCUAGUUUCCCUGCCUCAGGCUUUUCGCUUCAGCCAGAGUCCAGUUCUGCGAAUCCUUUCAGUUCUGAGGGCAAUGAUGCCAAAAAAGAUGUGGAAAAUGCUGCUUGGGAGAGCAAACUGGCGCCAAAUAAUAGCAGCGCCUCAGCUAACGAAAGCUCAUCCUGGGCUGCUACAGCAGCUAAUCAAAAAUCACCCUGGGCUGCUUCAGCAGCUAAUAAGAAAUCAUCCUGGGGUGUUGCAGAAGCUAAUGAAAAUGCGUCUGCUGCAGCAGUGAACGAGAAAUCAUCCUGGGGUGCUGCAACUUCUAGUAAUAAAGCUGUUGAUGAUGUUGGUGGAAGUGAAAAAGGUGAAAAUGCUUGGAACAAAGCUACUAUGAAAACUGGCUCUUGGGGGGGUUCAUCUAAUAGCUGGGGUAAAGCAAUAACAACUGGCUCAGGCACCCCAAAAGUUUCUGGAGACAAUUGGGCCAAAGGAGACAAAAUUGAAACUCCAGCUGAUUCUUCAAAUGAUGCUGCAGCCACCUGGGAGAACAAAACCACAUCUGAUAAUCAGGGGGGUUGGAGAACAUCUGGGGAGCCCUUGAACAAAGGUAAGAGUGUUGGUGUAAAUCCAACUAGCAGUUGGGGUGGUGCAACUACUGGAAAGAAUCAACUGGAUUCUUGGGGCAAAGGUAAAAAUGUAGUUGAAGCUGGAUCUUGUGAAAAGAAUAAAAGCUCUGGUCUUGUUUGGGAUGGCUGGAAAAGCACAGGUUCUGACCGUAUUCAACAGAAUUCUUGGGACAAGGGCAAAGAUGUCGUUGCUGGUGAGGGAUCUUGGGGCAAAGCUGCGGAUAGCCAAGAUAAAGGCAAUGCUAGUGCAAUUCAAGAAGAUUCUUGGGGCAAGGCCAUUGAAAAAUCGAGCAGUAGGGAUGGAUCUAGUGGAUGCAAGACAGAUUGGAAAAGUUCAAUGCCUGUUGCAGAGAAUCAGACUGGGAAUUGGGGUAAUGCAGGUGGGAACUCGGCACGAGAAGUUGAAAAAACUGAUGAGGCAAGUGGAUGGAAUGAAGCCAAAGUUGUCACUGGAAGUCAAACCCCAAAGUGGGGUAACCUGAAAAAUAUAAGUGAAGAUGUAACUGGAUGGAGUAAAGGCAGGUCCAGUAAUCAGGAACAGACAGGUAGUUGGAACAAACCAAAGGCCUUUGGUGAUAAUGGAAGAUCUUGGGACAAAGAUAAAGGUUCUUCUUGGAACAACCAAGAUGGAGGUUCUUGGAGUAAACCAGAUGAAGGGUCUUCAUGGAGUAAACAAGCUGAUGAGGGUUUUGGGUCUGGUGGGAGAAGGGGGGGGAGGGGAGGUGGCCAACGAGGUAGAGGUCAAUUUGGCAGGGGAAGAUCAUUCAGUCAAGGACAAUCUGAUUGGAACAGGGAUCAAGAAGAUACUAGGACAAAUGAUGGUAUGUCCUCGGGGAACCGGUCUGGUUGGAACAGUGAUCAAACAGUUGGUUGGGGCAAAUCCAGAGCUUCUGAUUCGGAUAGAAAAGAUGAUAGUUGGAAGAGAGACAAUGCAUCUGGUGAUAAUGAUGGAUCAGGUUGGAACAAAGGAGCGGGGGUAGAUAAGGAGAUUGGCGAAAGUGGAGACCCAUGGAAGAGCUCAAAAUCCUCUUGUUGGAAUGCAUCAAACACUGGAUCUGGUGAUGCAAACCAGAAUUCCAGUUGGAGUAAAAAAUGUGAUGGGACUGAAGGUGGGAACCAGAAUUCUAAUUGGGGCAAAAGUAAUUGGAAAACUGGAUCUGGUGAUGCAAACCAGAAUUCUAAUUGGGGCAAGAAAAGAAAUUGGGAGUCUGGAAAUGAAGAUCAAAGUGACAGUUCUGGUAAUUGGGCAAGUGGUGGGAAUUCUCAGGGAGGCUAUGGAGGUAGAGGCAGUUCAGAUAGAGGAGGCUUUAGAGGUAGAGGGGGUUUUGGAGGCAGAGGCAGAGACAGGGGGGGUUUCGGUGGUAGAUCAGACACAGGAGGAUUUGGAGGCAGAGACGGUGGGAGCUUUCGUGGUAGGGGUAGGUCGGACCGAGGAGGUUUUGGUGGCAGAUCAGACACAGGAGGAUUUGGAGAUGGAGGCCGUGGAAGGAGGGACCCUGGCAGUGGUUGGAACAACAGAAAUGACUAUAGUGAGGAUAAGCCCUCUGACUGGAACAAAGGAGCAGGGGAUGGGUGGAAAAAUAAUGAUGGUGCCGGAACUUGGAACAAUGGAGGUGGUGAUAAGAAGUUGCAGAGCUGGAGUGCAGGAAGUGGUGGAACUAGCAAUCAAUCCAGCAGUUGGAAUAGCUCGGGAUGCAGCCAGCCAACACAGGGUAAAGACAUUGCUGGUAGUAAUGCUGCAGCUGGUGGGUGGAACAAAGGAACCAGUUCAACUAAUGAAGCUGGUGGAAGCAAGGGAAACAAUUGGGGAUCAAAUGCUUCAGGUGGGAGCCAGUGGUCUAACUCGGGAUGGAGCCAGCCAACAGAGGGUAAAGACAUUGCUGAUAGUAAUGCUGUAGCUGGUGGGUGGAACAAAGGAACCGUUUCAACUAAUGAAGCUGGUGGAAGCAAGGGAAACAAUUGGGGAUCAAAUGCUUCUGGUGGGAGCCAGUGGUCUAACUUGGACAAGUCGACCAUCACCAAGGAAGUUAAAGAAACAAAUGAUCUAAAGGGUUCAGUUUGGAAUAGAGGAACAGGUUCAAGUGCUGCAGAUGGGGGUCGGUCAUCUCCUUGGAAUCAAUCAAAAGAUGCAAAAGGAGGAGCUAACGGGGAUGGAGAACCAACUGAUUCGUGGGGAAAAGCAGCAGGAAGCUCUUGGGGGAAGCAGAAUGACACAAGUGGCAAAGGAGGGUGGUAAAUACUCUUCAAAGCAUUUGCUCUAAGGUAUGUUGAGCUUCUUAUACCUACCUGUAGACUGUAGAUAUUGGUUUUAUGUUAUGCACAGGAAGGGUCUAAAUGGAUUGUAUCUUUAUUUUGGAACACAUUAUAUGCUAAAUGUAUGGCUUUUUAUGUUUUGAACCAUGUUACUGGUGUAGGCAAUGUCUAGAUCAUCCGUUUGUGGACAGCUUUAUUUUGCAGGGAAAAAAUAUAAAAUCAGUUCCUAUGGUUUUACUGA